UUCGCGUUUUUUCGACAGAAGUAAGAAGACAUCGCCAUCAUUCAUUCGUUCGAUUGUAGCCGCUAGUAGUAGCGAAAAAGUGAUUUAAAGAUUUGAAGUCCGAGUCGCUGGACUAUUAAAAUAUUGCAAAUCAGCUUAACAAGUUUCGACAGUAAAAAGUUUACGUUUUUUCAACAUCUAGGGUGAUUGUAGAAUCGGUGAAUCCGAGCUUAAGCAUACUAGCACAGCAGACAAAGAUGGCUGCUCUGCCAAGAAGAAUAAUCAAGGAAACGCAGCGCCUGAUGCAGGAACCCGUUCCAGGGAUCAGUGCUGUGCCUGAUGAGCAGAACGCACGGUACUUCCAUGUCAUUGUAUUUGGGCCAGAAGAUUCUCCAUUCGAGGGCGGUUUAUUCAAGCUGGAAUUGUUCCUGCCUGAAGACUACCCAAUGUCGGCACCAAAGGUGCGAUUCAUCACGAAAAUAUAUCAUCCCAACAUUGAUCGACUGGGCCGAAUCUGUCUAGAUAUUCUCAAAGAUAAAUGGAGUCCUGCGUUACAAAUACGCACAGUACUUCUUUCGAUCCAAGCCUUGCUAAGUGCCCCCAACCCGGAUGAUCCGCUAGCUAACGAUGUCGCCGAGCUGUGGAAGGUCAACGAGGCAGAAGCGAUCCGAAAUGCUAAAGAAUGGACCCAGCGGUACGCGAUUGUGGAUAACUAAGCGUGAAGUGAUGGACCGGAACGUACGCGACAUUUUAAUAAAUUAAUUUUAUAAAACAAAAAUAAAAUGUACACAGAAGAAAGUUAUUAUUCCCCCGGAGAAUUAAAAGCGAAGUAAACAGCGAGUAAUUAUGCAGAGUGAGAGUCGAAAUGAAAAGGAUUAUUAUUUAAGAAACCUCCAUGUGCAGUCCUAUCGAAAUUCACAGAAAAUAACUCCAGCAGAAAUAACUGUUUCAGCAUACGCUGCAAGAGAAAACAGUAAAAGAAAACAAAGGAAAUAUAACGCGUGAACAACAGCAACAACAAACACCAUCGCAACUAAUAACAGCCACCUUUAGCAGUUCGAUUUUGAUUGAUUUUCUCUUGUUUUUUCUUCGAGAAUGUUCAGCAACUCGAGUCGCCUCGGAAUUUUAAGAUUGUACAUUAAACCUUUCGAGCCCAGAAGAUCUUCAUAAAUUAGACAAAACAACGAGGUUGGCGUCGUUCACCAUGUCUUCAUGUCAGCACAUAACAUCCAACCCUUAAAUCUCCAAGUAGCGUCAAUCUAAUAGUAUGGCCAAUAUAAUUAACUAUUGCUAUGGGAGAACGGGAAAACCGAAAACAUUGUAAAACAAUAAAACUAACAGUAAACCUUGAAAAUCGUCCGCUCGUUUGAUUGAUAUCGAGAUAAAUUUAAAUGCUCGUGAUAACUGACAGAGAGUGCUAUCGAACUUCUUUAUAAAUUCUGCCUUGUACACUAGCAAAUUAUCGUUGCAUUCUCGGGGUAAAUCUUGAUCUAAUACACCUCUGUGUAUCUACGAGACUUUUCUUUCUUUGGCACAUCAAUUGUUAUUUUGUUCUUUUUGGUGUUUCUGGAAAUUCUCGCAAGUAUAAGCACUCGCAAACACAGUGACACUAGUGACGAAGGAGAAAUGGAAGGCAAAACAACACUCAGAAAAAAAAACGAAUGAAGCAAAUAAACUAAAGCUAUUACGACUAAAAGAGAACACUGUUUAAGUAAUUACAGAAAUAUAAAUAUUACUAUUACUAUUAAUUGUCAGCUCUAUUUAGUGAAUCCAAUACAAUUGAAUAAGAACAAAGGAGAGUGCACUGCAUGAAUAAUUAUAGCGAUAAAUUUAAUUAUUAAUGCAAGCAGAAGUAAGGAUUGUACAUUAAAAAAUGGAAUAAAACACUUUAGAAAAAUAAA